AUGACGCACCCUCACCACGUGCUGCCUUCGGCGACAGACCUGAAGCGCAAGCGAAGCAGCUCGCACGAGAACAUGCACCCAGCCGCGCCUCACCCAAAAGCUGCCAAGACCCACAACCACCUCCAAAUCAACUACCUCGUGCGCCACCUGGAUGCGGACCUGCCGCUGAUAACCAAUGACGACACGCUGCCAAACAUCCUGUCGCUGCUGAGCGACUACCAGGGAGUCCUCGAUCGCCAUGAGUCCAUGGCCUGCAAUCUGGGCGCAAGACCGCUGGGCCCCAUCCUGAUCAAGCGCUUCGAGAGACUGUUCGACGGGCCGCCACGCGUGCUCAAGAGCCACGGCAAGGAUGGCACCACGGUCACGUGGCUCGACGUGGUCGAGUUCGCGCGCAACAAGCCGGAACAGUUCCAACUUGGGCAGAUGAGCGAAGGCGUGCGCGUCUGUCAGUUCUACACGAAGCAGUGCCGAGUCCAGAUCAGCGAGGAGGACUUUGUGCUCAUCUCGUCCGGGAUCCCUCAGAAGAUGAUCCCUCCGCAGCCCAUUAUUGAGGACGAGGAGAAGGAACUGGGGACGAUUGAGAUUCUGGAGAAGAACCUGGGCCAGAUCUGCCAGCUGGCCGAUCAGGUCGCUGCUCGCACACGACAGCUCAACCAUAGGCUGAAAGGGCGCAGGCAGGCCAUCCUCGACCGCAGGGUGACCGCGAGCCCGGCCCCGCCAAUCCGCCCGUUGAGCCCCUCCAACGUAGCGCUGAUGAAAGGCGGCUCCAGCCAUGUAGCUCAGGCACCGACACCGCCACAGGCACAGGCACCGGCACCUCCACAGGCACCGGCACCGGUACCGGUACAGCCCUCGCAUAAGUCGCCGGGCGGCUUUGUUGCCGUGAAUGCUCGUCCUCAUGAGUCAAACGGCCAUGGACAUGGCAACGGCAACGGCAGCAGCGCCUCUUCCACCACUCGUCACGACUUGUUGGCCAAAUUCCACACCGUCAACGAUCGAAGAUCCUCUUCACAUAACAUCAGCACUGUGCCAGACGCAAGACGGCCCACCGUAGUACCUCACUCUCUGUCACACCCCUCCACGCCAACAUCGAACACCCCGAGACCACUUCCACAACCUGCCGAGGCGCAACCGCCGCCACCGUCUUCCAAACAUGCAAGACCGCCACAGCUCAACGAGGCCGAGCUUCAAUCAAUGAUGAACUCGCCCGUCCCGAUACCGAACACGCCAUCUAACCUCCUACCAGCCGCGAGUCAGCGCGCCAGCCAGCCGGCAGAGAAGGAUGAUGGCGGUCCGUUCAAAACCGAGAUGGUCCACAGGAUGGAGAGUCUUGGAAAGGGAGAGCGUAUUCUACCGCCUUGCGAUAGGUGUCGCCGGCUGCACAUGGACUGCUUAAAAAACCUCACAGCCUGCAUGGGCUGCACCAAGAAGCACGCCAAAUGCUCCUGGAAAGACGUACGGGAGGGCGAGUUGCAAGGCGCGUUUACGCAUCCUCCGGGCUCAAACAGCAACAUGCACACCGACACAUCGGACCACGAGAGUCAUGACCGAGCAAGCACAGCUAGUCCGCCGUCCAUGCUGAGCCCUCGCCACGGGUACGCAUCUAGCCACAUAGCUAGCAGCAGCAACGGCCACUCAACGCCGCAGCCCCAGGUGACUGCGCAUCCACCGCCACAGCAGCAGCAGCCUCACCAACCCCAGCAACAGCACCAGAUGUCCCAUCAGCACAGACCACACCCACAGCAAACACCACAGUACACACACCCUUACGAGUCGCGGAUACCGUCAGGUAGAAUCUCACCCCCUGAGCGAGACCGAGAGCGAGAACGGCAUGUCGAGACACAACUGCAGGAAGCCGCAAAGUCUAGUCUGGCUCAACACGCGACCACCAAAUCGCCUGAAGCGAAAGGACACGAGUACCAGACGGCGAUCGCUCAGCAAUAG